CCGCAUGUACCUCGCACCACCUGCAUCGCCUCCCACGCCUCGCCUCGCCUCCCAGCCGCCUGCAUCGACCUCGCGCCUGCAUCGAAAGCGGGUUGGUCCGGAGCCAUAGCGGCGACGAGGCUGCCCUAGGAGACGCCAUCAUGAUCCUAAGCUGUGAGAGCUUCGACGCCAGGUCGAGAACCUCCUCCCAACCGAUGGCCAAGAAGGCUGUGGCCGAGAGCAAGGAGGAGCCCAUAGAGGAAGCCGUCACCGCUACCUCUCCGUCGCCGUCUUCGUCUCCCAGCGGCCGCGGCGGCGCCCGCAUCGACCUCGUGCCGCCGGCAACCACCAUGCGUCCAGCAAGCGCCGACGCCAGCUUUGAGCUUGUGACGUUCCCCAGUCUGUGCGGUCCUCAAUCCAGCCGUCUGCCGAUAUUGGUCCCCCCGUUCCAGUUGUCCGAAGCAGGAAUUACAUAGGAUGGAUUCGUUUGAGCUGAAUGUCAGAAGGGAAACAAGCAGAUUUGGACAGAAUGGUAAAAAGUAUUAUCUUGGUGGCUUUGAUUUUAAAAUUGUUGGAUAUAGCUAUUGGACAUUUGAGCAAUUAUGCAAGGCUUUUUGUGAUGAGUAUGCUUGGGGUAGU